AUGACGAUCGAGAUGACGAAAAAGUCAAUCUCCCUGUCGGCGGACCUUGCCGCGAAGGGGUUGGAGGAGUCGGACGACAGCCAACACUUACCCGUCUUCUCAGGCGAGAAGUUGAACGGGAGGGCGCUGGGCGACGGCGCAGAAAACGGCACAGCGGUAGUUGCCGAUGCCAAGGAGCACCACGCGAUGAACUUCGGAGACGAACAAGGCGACGAGCCAACUCCCGAGGCGUACGACGCCAGAGACAAGUUCUGGGCGUUGGCGCUGGAGAACGUCUUCAACCUCGUGCAGUUGGAGGACCCCCUCGCUGGUAUCGAUGCCACCGACGCACCACGCCAUGCCAAGGAACUCGGCGACAACGUCAUCCCGAUCAAGGGCGGUCCGAGUUGGAUUGUUAUCUUGGCGAGCCAGUUCAAAAACGCCAUCACGAUUGUUCUGCUGAUCGUUAUUAUCAUCAGCGGUGUGUUUGGGGACUGGGCUGAGUUCGGCGUCGUUCUCUUCAUCCUCUUCUUUAACGCCUUCCUUGGCUUCUACCAGGAGUACGGCGCCGAGAGGUCGCUGGCGAGUCUGAAGCAAAUGACGGCAGGUGUGGCGAAGGUGAUACGUAAUGGCAUUCCCGAGAUCAUCUUCAUUGACGAGGUUGUUGUCGGUGACGUCAUCGUGCUCGAGCAGGGCGCCUCCGUGCCGGCUGACUGCCGCAUCUUCGAGUCGAACGGGCUAGAGGUGGAUGAGGCUCUGUUGACGGGCGAGGCGCUACCGGUAGUGAAGCACGCGAACGUCAUUCGCGACCCGGAAAACCGCCUCGCUCUUGGCGACCGCAAGAACAUGGUGUACCGCAACACGCAGGUGACGCAGGGCCGCGGUAAGGCGGUGGUCGUCGCGGGUGGUUUGAACACCGAAAUGGGCAAACUUGCGAAGCGGCUGAACGACAGCAAGGGCAGUGGCAAGACGGCGCUGAUGAAGAAGCUCGACUACAUGAUGUACUUCCUGUUCCUUUGCUGCGCCAUUGCCGCCGUGAUCGUGUUCGCGGCCAACAAGAUGCGCUACACGCCGGCCACCCUCUCGUACGCCACGGCGGUGGCCAUUGCCAUUCUCCCCGAGUCGCUUUGCGCCGUCAUCACGGUUGCCAUGACCUUCUCUGUGAAGCGCAUGGCACAGCAGAAGUGCAUUGUGCGCAAGCUGCCGGUGCUGGAGGUGCUGGGCAACGUCACAGACAUCUGCUCCGACAAGACCGGGACGCUGACGGAAAAUAAGAUGGUGGUCAAGAAGGCGGUGAUUGGUAUUGACGACAUGUACAGCGUUGGCGGCGCGCCGUACGACACUCACGGCGACUUCUUCCCCGCCAUGCGGAACGGCCAGGAACAACAGCCAGUGAUCAUGGCCCAUCAGCAGGAGGUGCGCUACGUCUACCAGUUUUUCAAGUGUGCCGCCCUCUGCAGCACAACGGUCCUACACGUCUCUGAAGAGGACAUGGACUCCCUCGCUGGCAACGGCAACCCAACCGAGAUUGCCAUCCAGGUGAUGACCUGGAAGGCCGGCCUAAACCGCGACAAGCUGGAGGACGAGGGCUGGGAGUGCAUCACGGAGUACUCUUUCGACUCUAAGAUCAAGCGCAUGUCCACGGCAUGGGAAAACAAGGCGAAGCGUGAGCUCUACCUCUGCACCAAGGGCGCCCCCGAGCGGGUCGUUGAGCUGUGCACGUACAAAAUCAGCGAGGAUGGCAAGCUUGUCAGCUUGACGCAGCAGGACCGCGAGCAGGUCGAGUGGCACAUCCGUGACUUGGCCGCGCAGGGUCUACGCACCAUCUGCUUUGCAUACCGCGAGGACGCCACGAAGAUCUUCCCGAUCCCGGCUGACGAGCCGUUCAUCGACGCUUACGACCGCGACCAGGUCGAGCGCGACCUCGUCUUCCUGGGCAUUGUCGGCAUCUACGACCCACCCCGCCCAGAGUCUCGCCCGUCCGUCGUCGCCUGCCAGCACGCCGGCAUCUGUGUGCGCAUGCUCACGGGUGACCACACGUCCACCGCCGGCAGCAUUGCCUCGAUGCUGAACAUCAUUCGCCGCCGCGACCUCGACGACCCAGUGAAGCUGCAAGCGGGGCCUGACUUCGACAAGGUCGACCCUGAGACGAUCGACGGCUGGGCUGACCUCCCCGUCGUCGUUGGCCGCUGCUCUCCCGAGUCGAAGGUGAAAAUGAUCGAGUCGCUGCACCGCCGCAAGAAGGUGGUGGCCAUGACGGGUGACGGCUUCAACGACUCCCCCAGUAUCAAGAUUGCUGACAUUGGCUGCGCUAUGGGCUCCGGCGUCGACGUGACGAAGGGCGUCGCAGAUCUCGUCAUCACUGAUGACAACUUUGCCACUAUUGUGAAAGCUGUCGCCGAGGGACGCCGCAUCUCGCAGUGUAUCCGCAAGUUUGUUGUGCAUCUGUUGUCGAGUAACGUGGCUGAGGUGAUUGCGCUGAUCUGCGGCCUGCCCAUCAGCCACGGCGGCGAGUCGGUGUUCAUCCUAUCCCCCAUCGAGAUUUUGUGGCUGAACAUGUUCACCUCGGCCCCACCGGCGACGGGUCUGUCGCUCGACAGGGCCACCGACGACAUUCUGCAGGUGCCGCCGAACACGCAAGGAUUCUUUACGAUCGAGCUGAUUGCCGACACAGUCGUUUACGGGUUCUGGCUCGGCGCGAUCACUUUGUGUGGCUUCGCGGUGGUGCUGUACGGCUUCAAGAGCGGCCCGGAGGGGACAGACUGCAACAGACACAACGGCGUCGGCUGCGACAACAUCUGGACCGCCCGCAGCACCGCCUUUGGAAUUCUGUACUUUGGUUUGCUAAUCCACUCCUACACGGUGCGCCACCCGCGCGUCUCCAUCUUCAGAAUGCGCUGGCUCGACAACAAGUGGAUCUGCGGUUCCUGCGUCCUCGGCGGUGCGCUAUUUGUGCCUAUUGUAUACAUCAACGCGAUCGCCCACGGCCUCUUUGUACACAGCAUGAUCACUUGGGAGUGGGGCGUCAUUGCGGUCGGCGUCAUGACCUUUCUCGCCGCCUGCGAAACGUACAAGGUGAUCAAGAACCUAAUCUUUCCAAUUCGCAAGGUGCUGGUGGAGGUGGACGAGGAGGAGGCCGAGGAUGUCGAGGAGCAGCGCCAGCGCGAGUACAACACCUUUACUCGCACCAUGCCGGACGAUCGCAACGUGGAGAGGAUUGCGAACGAGAACCUGCGCAUGUCAUUUGCCUCUCUCGCCGGCAGCGUGGGCACCGCCAACACAGGCUCCUUCCGCAUGCCCGCGCAGCGCGAGAAGAAGAAACGUAUUGGGUUAUUCCGCAAGCGCGAGUAG